AUUCCCCUCCGCACUCGAUUAAUACCUUAGUCGACUAGUACACCACCCGGUCAGUAUUCUACUCGAUCUGUCCUCAAUUGAACCGCAGUCAAUCGAUAUCAUUAUAAACACGGUCAUUUAUUGAAAACAGUUCGAGUUUAGGCUUAGGAAAUCAUUCAACAUGGGUUUUUUCGUCCAGUGUGGUAGCUGUGGAGAUACCAUCUCUGUCAUCUCCGUCAAGGAAUGCUUCCCUGACGAGGAGGGAAAGCUCAUCAACACCUGCCACGGAUGCAGUUUCUUGAGCGCGAAGCAGCGCGCUUCGCCUAAGGGUCCUUGGCUUGGACGUAUUCUGCGCAGAUGGAGACCUGAGUGGGACAUUAGUGCCGCGAAGUUCGCCUUCCAACCCAACCACUCGGUUCAGUUUGUCAUGCUGUUGGAGCAUUUCUCACAGUUUUACUAUUGGAAGAAUGUGGCUAUCAUGGUGAACUCGAUCGCUAUGGAGCGAAUCCGCCACGGCAAGGAUAAGAGCCGUCAUGUUACUAUCCGCGAUUUCAUCACACUCUACGAGCUCUGCCAGGGCCUAGGUUUUGCGCGUAUCGUGCCCGAGAAUAUCAGUACCAUCACGUUGGCGAAGAUGAAUCUUGCCGUUGACGAAACUGGUCUCAUCCAACAGGGCGUUUAUCCCUUCUUCUGGGCCGAGUACAUGGGAGUAUGUGCCGAUGGCGGCCAGUGUGGCAACAUGCUUCCCGCUAGACAUCCCAUCAUCUUCACCGAAGCCUAUCGUUCCCGCCAAGGUUGCCACCUUAUCGCAUAAGGCAGUUAUUCUAUACCCUUACACACGCGACAUCGACUUAGGUCUUUUAUCCUUUCAUAUUCUGCGCGGACAU